CAGCUGGUACAAGUGUCACACCAGUCCAUCAUCACGGGCCACGGCGAUGUGAUGAAUAUCUCUUUAUUAAAUGAAACAGUGAUUAUUGGCGUUAAAUUAUGACAAUAAAGCAAUUAAGAAUAAACACAUGACAUAAACAUUGAUGCGUGUUAGUGUGAGUUUAAUGGGUUAUCGAGUAACAGGCUCAAAAUGUUUGAUUUUGUGUGUAGUAUUAACUUUCAUCAUGGGAUGCUAUUUGGCGUCUUUACCCUUAGAAGACGGAAAGGCAGCGUUACCUAAACCAAUCGAGAAUGCAAUAUCGAACGAAUCGAAUAAAAAACGAAUGGCAAUACUCGUCCCGUUCAGAGACCGUUUCGAGGAGCUACUAGAGUUCGUGCCGCACAUGUUCGCAUUCUUAUCGAAGCAGGACAUACCAUUUCACAUCUUCAUAGUUCAGCAAAAAGACAGCAAUCGAUUUAACCGAGCUUCAUUGAUCAACGUGGGAUUUUUACACACUAGAAACGACUACGACUACAUAGCGAUGCAUGACGUGGACCUAUUACCUUUGAAUGACGAUUUGAAAUAUGAAUAUCCUGAAUCAGGACCUCUUCAUAUUUCGUCUCCCGAUACCCACCCGAGAUAUUAUUAUAAGACAUUUAUAGGUGGUAUCCUGUUGAUAAAGAGGGAACACUUUGAGCUGGUUAAGGGAAUGUCAAACAAUUACUGGGGCUGGGGGUUAGAGGAUGAUGAGUUUUAUGUGAGGCUGAGAGAUGUGGGUUUGAAAGUGACAAGGCCGAGCAAUAUUACCACGGGUCGAGAUAAGACAUUUAGACACAUGCACGACAAAACAUAUCGCAAGCGAGACAUGCGCAAGUGCUUCAACCAGCGCGAGGUGACGCGCCGACGCGACCGCAUCACUGGGCUGCACGAUGUCGCCUACAACAUUCACAGCACGCAUCGAGUCACUGUGGACGGAUUGCCGCUCACCGUGCUCAACGUGGAGCUCGUCUGCAACAAAGAGACCACGCCCUGGUGCCAGUGUCCGGACCCUAACCCGCCUAAGAAGAAAGCUACUUAGCUUCUGGUUUAGAGGCUUGACAGAAGGGUGGUGUUCCACCAGAGUUCCGCGGUAUCACAGGAUGUUUUUGUUAAGAAACUCUUUAAAAUACUAUAAAGACUUUCCCGCCCUCACACCCACCACUACAACUGUAAGCCAGAAUCAACAGUGGCACGCAUUUUAUGACACCCAGCAGUGAAGCUCGGCGAAUCGCUCAAACAAAUUUAUUCAGGGAAAACUAUUUUACCCGAAGAACCUUUUUUCAGUGGCCUGAGGCCAUUUCUGAAUAAUGAUUUUAGCUAAGCCUCCCUAUUGGCAAGCUCCCUAGGGUUACCCGAGAUUAUUAGAAUUAUACGUAAAACAGUAAACAUUUUAUUAAGAAUACCAAACAUUCUCUGCAGCGGCACUUAGGCUAUUAUGAUUCUUAUGACGUGUUACUUUUAUCCUUAGUAUAUUUACUUCAUACAGCCCUGAACGUAGUGCUCCUGUACACCUAGUCGAUUGUUUAUCUUUUAAUUUUCGAGCUACAUUUGACAAGGGUAAUCAUACAUAUUGACUGCAUCUGUGGCGUAGUGGUAUUGCCUGCGUGGUACGACACGACUCUAAGGUAUCUGGUUCAAAUCCUGGGUCAGGCAGGGAUGUAGAGAUUUUCUGUAUCAGCCCGGAGUCUGGAAAAUGGACGGAACAUGUGGGUGAAGAGUGGGUGCCCUGGUUACAUUUCUGCCUACCCCCCUCAAGGAUAAAGGCAUGAUGUUUGUGUAUAUAUGUGUGGGAUAUACUCCACGUCACGUACCCUUCUUUUCAUGAGUCAUGGGCCUCAGAAACCAUGAGGAACUCGGUCCCACGCCACUCAGAUA